AUGGCGUACCACCCUGCUGGAGGUUUUAAAUCCUGUUUAAUUACCUGUUUGCUUCCAGUCAGAAACCCCCCGCCUGAGAACAUCCACAUAUCCUCUCUACCUCCCAGUGUUCCCCUGGAUCAGGAGUCAGAACCAUCAGGUCAACAAGAUGCACCUUAUGAUGUUUCAGCAGAGGACUCUGUGCAAAACCAGGAGAAAGCAGUAAUCCAGACCACACACACUCACAGGGGGUUGUAUGCACCUUCAGUAUUCCUCCAGAACCAUAGUAAUGAACCACCUCCAUCUACAUACUUCGAACAGAGGGUCCCCGUUCCUGAGGAGGACAAUGAGAGGUUGUUUAGUCUGCGUAAACUCUGGGCUUUCACUGGACCUGGGUUUCUGAUGAGUAUCGCCUACCUGGACCCAGGAAACAUCGAAUCUGACCUCCAGUCAGGAGCUAAAGCUGGAUUUAAGCUCCUCUGGGUGCUGCUGUUGGCCACCAUCAUCGGCCUGCUGCUGCAGCGGCUGGCGGCUCGGCUGGGCGUGGUAACCGGGAUGCACCUGGCUGAAGUCUGCCACCGCCAGUACCCCACUGUACCUAGAAUAAUCCUGUGGUUGAUGGUGGAGCUGGCGAUCAUCGGCUCAGACAUGCAGGAAGUCAUCGGCUGUGCCAUCGCUUUCAGCCUCCUGUCCUCUAACAGGAUCCCGCUCUGGGCCGGUGUGCUCAUCACCAUUGUCGACACCUUUGUCUUCCUCUUCCUUGAUAAGUACAGCUUAAGAAGACUGGAAGCCUUCUUUGGUUUUCUUAUUACUAUUAUGGCCAUAACCUUUGGAUAUGAGUAUGUGACGGUGGCUCCUGACCAAGGACAGCUGCUGAAGGGGAUGUUUGUGCCGUACUGCGAGGGCUGCGGACCCGUUCAGCUUACUCAGGCUGUCGGCAUUGUGGGUGCCGUCAUCAUGCCUCACAACAUUUACCUCCACUCUGCUCUUGUCAAGUCUCGAGAGGUGGAUCGCUCGAAGAAGAAAGAAGUAAAAGAAGCAAACAAGUAUUUCUUCAUCGAGUCGGCCAUCGCUCUGUUUGUCUCGUUCCUCAUCAAUGUGUUUGUGGUCGCCGUCUUUGCUGAGGCGUUCUACCAGCGCUCAAACAUCGAGGUGUUUAACACCUGCAACCAAUCAGGAAGUUAUCAACCCGACCUGUUCCCUCUGAACAAUGAAACUCUGGAGGUUGACAUCUACAAAGGGGGAGUCAUCCUGGGCUGCUUCUUCGGCCCAGCAGCGCUCUACAUAUGGGCGAUUGGGAUUCUUGCAGCCGGUCAGAGCUCCACCAUGACAGGAACAUACUCUGGACAGUUUGUCAUGGAGGGUUUUCUGAACCUGCGUUGGUCCCGUUUUGCUCGAGUGUUGCUGACUCGCUCCCUGGCCAUCAUUCCUACGCUGCUGGUAGCCAUUUUCCAGGAUGUGCGGCACUUGACCGGCAUGAACGACUUCCUCAAUGUGCUCCAGAGCAUGCAGCUGCCAUUCGCCCUCAUUCCCAUCCUCACCUUCACCAGCCUGCCUUCUCUAAUGAAUGACUUUGCCAACGGACUGACGUAUAAAAUAGGAGGAGGGCUGGUGAUCCUGUGUGUGUGUGCCAUCAACUUGUACUUUGUGGUUGUCUACGUGACUGCACUGAACAGUGUGUGGCUCUACGUGCUGGCUAGCUUCCUCUCCAUAGCAUACCUCACAUUUGUGGGCUACUUGGUAUGGCUGUGUCUGAUAGCACUGGGAGUGUCCUGCCUGGAUCCAAGCACCAGGAGAGGAAACGACACGACCAUCCUCAUAGACCAGCAGUCGGAGUUUGACACCUGAGUCAGAUGUAUGUUAAAGUGGAUCAUCGGUGCAGCUGCUAACAGGGAUCUGGACCUUUAUCUGGGUCUCUAAUACUACAGUUUAUUUACAUCAGAAUGGUGCUUAAGAUGUUUUUACUAUUCUGUAAUUUAUAAUGCAUUUUUUAUUGUCUGUAUCUUUAAUGAAGCAGAGGUGGAAAAAGUUGAAGGAAACAAAUUUUCCAGUAUUUCAAAGCACCAGGAUGGAAUUGUCAGAGUCAAAUCGCUUUAAAAACAGCUAUGACUCACCAUUGCAUGGAUAUGAGACACCCCAUCAGGUUGUGUAGAUGUGCUGUAGGAGCUCUCUAGCUUCCUUGCUUGUAUACAGCACUUUUUAGUAAUCAAAACCUCUAAAAGUUUCCACAUCUUGUCACCUUAACACCAGAACACCAAAGUAUUUAUUAUAAUUUUAUUACUUUAUAAUUAAGGGAUAAGUGGUUAUCAGAAUUUUAUCUGUUGAGAUUCAUUUUCAAAUCUCCACUUUGACUAGACCUUUCUGACAAUCUGUCCUGCUGGAAGGUUAAGUGUCGUCCAUCCAGCAGGACAAAUCUAUUGCGUAGAUAUUUUCCAGGAUUAGUUUGUUGUUAGUUCCAUUUACCCUCUAAUUAACUCUGGCCCAUUUUCCUGCCCACCUUGAUUAAUCGAAUCACCACAGCAUCAUGCUGCCACCACCGUGCUUCACCACAGGCACCCGUACAAAGAUAACCUUUGACCCACUGGCUUUAAAGUGAAUUGGACGGGCUUGUAUUACAUUUAGGCCCUGAACAAUAUCUGCCUAUAGAGGUGAACUGUAUUAGUAUGAGUUUGAUUUAACAUGAAUUUCUGCCUGCCGGUUUAGGUUAGUCAUGUUUUGACUGGAGCAGUUCUGCCACAUUCUUUUCAUGUUCAGAUGAUGACUUGAACUAAUGUGAAUUGAAAUGUUCAGCUUCCUGUAUCAUUUCAGAACCCAGCCCUUUUCUAAACCUCUCCUCAACAUUCUUCCUGACCUGCCACUUGUGUUCCCUGGUCUUCAUGCUCCUUUAUUCACUGAUUUUCUCUAACACAGCAAACUUGGUUGUAAUUUAUUUAGGGAUAUCGGAGUUAGGAGGUGGUAUAAUGCUUGCCCCACUUUCCAGACUUGACCCGCCCUCUCCACAAAAAAUGCACCUGCACAACCUUGUAACCGCUUCCGAGAGGGAACGCCUAUAAAACUCGUGCGAGAGCAUGCACGUGCUCAUUUCCUCUCGUGCACGCUCUGUUUAAAAGUUGCUGUUUGCAUCGCAUAUACAGGUUUACUGUACCCAAACGUCCACCCUUAAUCCCUCAAUCACUAUAUAGAGCAGGGACUAUUUAGUGAAAUUUAUAGCGAACUCAGUUAACUUACCGUUCGGACAGAUGAUCACUGCUUUUUUGCUCCCCGUGGGUCACAUAACUCGGCCUCCAUCACGCAGUGCCUACGCCAUCUUUGUUAUUAGUCGCCGCUGUAAGGUCAGCAAACGAUUCCGGGAUAUAUCUGCCUCUUCUGAGGCUUUCUUUUCUUCUCAUACACUUCGUAGAAACUUU